GCCCCUCCUGGGCUCCCCGUCACAGGGCGCGCCCUAGGCGUACCUGGGAGGACCCUAGGCUUUCCCCUGGGUUCUAUCGGUCAGCCAGACAUCAACAGGUAUUUAUUGUCUCCAGGGCCUGGGGACAUUACAUGCAUUGGGACACCCUCCUGGGCCCACAAAUCUGCUGAGGCUCUUCUCAUCAACAAGCCUCUCCCCCAGGCUCUUUCUCCUGAAGAUGCCUUCGUUCCCCCGCCCUGCUGAGGGUCUGGCCAUUGAACCAGGCGGAAGAAAUCCGGGUUGUGGAUGCAGACAAGGCGCCCCAGAUGGACGCUGCGUCCUUCCGGAGCCUGGUGGUUGCAGCGCUCCCACCUGUCACUGGGCCUCUUCUCCUUCUUCUCCUUUCUGGGGACCCCUUCCCCUGGUGCUCAGCCCUGUCCUGCUGCUAUCUGUCCCCAGCCUCCAGUUCUGACUGAGGAGGAUUGCAGGACAGCCCUGGCGGUGGCCUUAGGCUGGUCUAGAAGGAGACCCACCUGUGACGUGGGCUCCUCUGUGGCUCUCGGCUCUGGAAGACAUUCCUGGCCCUUGAGGCCUGCUGAGGCCAAUGCCUUCCCCUUCUCACUGCCUCCCCUUUCUCCUUUCAGCCAGUGUCUCUCCUGGAAGAGAAUCGUCGGCAUCUUUUUCCUGCCAUUUGUUUUAUCUGGUUUUGCUCCGCGGCUUAAACAUAAACAGGACGUUGUACCUGGAAGAUCACAUCAGCUCCAGUCCAGGUUUGAUUGGUCUCAUUUGACCCCUCUGGAACUGAAGGAAAGAUCUGUGGGACUUCAAACUAAAAGCACAAGUGGGGGCAGGCCACACUUCACCCUGGAGGGGCACAAGUUCCUGAUCUUUGGGGGCUCCAUCCACUAUUUCCGGGUGCCCAGGGAGUACUGGGGGGACCGCUUGCUGAAGCUGAAGGCCUGUGGCUUCAACACUGUCACCACCUAUGUUCCGUGGAACCUGCACGAGCCGGAGAGAGGCAGAUUUGACUUCUCCGGGAACCUGGACCUGGAGGCCUUUGUCCUGCUGGCCGCGGAGCUCGGGCUGUGGGUGAUCCUGCGUCCAGGCCCCUACAUCUGCAGCGAGAUCGACCUCGGGGGCUUGCCCAGCUGGCUCCUGCGAGACCCCCAGCUGAAACUGAGGACAACCAGCAAGGGCUUCACUGAAGCAGUUGAUGAGUAUUUUGAUCAUCUGAUUCCCAAAGUGACUCCUCUCCAGUACUGCCGGGGAGGCCCUGUCAUCGCAGUGCAGGUGGAGAAUGAAUACGGUUCGUUUAAUAAGGAUAGAAACUACAUGCCCUAUCUUCACAAGACCCUGCUGCAAAGAGGGAUUGUGGAGCUGCUCUUGACCUCGGACAGUGAGACAGAUGUGCUGAAAGGCCACAUCAAAGGAGUGUUGGCCACUGUCAAUUUGAAAAGACUUCACAAGGAUGCUUUCAAUCAGCUUUCUAAAGUCCAGAGGGACAAGCCACUUCUGAUCAUGGAAUACUGGGUUGGCUGGUUCGACAAGUGGGGAGAUACACACAAUGUUAAAGAUGCGAACAAUGUUGAACACACUGUGUCUGAAUUCAUCAAAUAUGAGAUCUCCUUCAAUGUUUAUAUGUUCCAUGGUGGAACCAACUUCGGGUUCAUGAAUGGGGCCUCGUAUGUCAGGAAGCACAUAGGUGUUGUCACUAGCUAUGACUAUGACGCUGUGCUGACAGAGGCUGGGGAUUACACAGAAAAGUACUUCAAGCUUCGAAAACUCCUCGGAAGUGUCUCAGUAAUUCCCCUGCCCAGCUUACCGAAACUUACUCCCAAGGCUGUGUAUCCUCCUGUGACACCGUCACUCUACUUGCCACUGUGGGAUGUCCUGCAGUACUUAAAUGAGCCAGUCAAGUUGAAUCAGCCAGUCAACAUGGAGAAUCUUCCUAUAAACAAUGGAAGUGGCCAGUCCUAUGGGUUUAUCCUUUACGAGACCCCUCUCUGCUCCGGAGGUCACCUCCAUGCUCUUGUUCACGACACGGCACAGGUAUUUUUGAAUGAGACAAUUGUAGGAAUUUUGAAUGAAGAUAUUCGGGCUCUGCAAAUUCCUCAAUUCAGGGGCUGUCAACUUCUGAGGAUCCUGGUGGAGAAUCAAGGACGACUCAAUUUUUCCUGGAAAAUACAAAAUGAGCAGAAAGGAUUAACUGGGUCUGUCACCAUCAAUAACACUCCUCUGGAAAACUUCACUGUCUAUUCUCUGGAGAUGAAAAUGAGCUUCUUCGAGAGGCUCCGCUCUGCCACCUGGAGGCCUGUCCCAGGUAGCCACCUGGGCCCUGCCUUCUACCGCGGUACCUUGAGGGCCGGCUCUUCUCCCAAGGACACCUUCCUGAGGCUGCUGAACUGGAAUUAUGGCUUUGUGUUCAUCAAUGGACGAAACCUUGGGCGAUAUUGGAAUAUUGGGCCUCAGGAAUCACUUUACCUUCCUGGCACCUGGCUUCAUCCAGAAGACAAUGAGAUCAUCCUGUUUGAGAAGAUGAAGAGUGGCUCAGACAUCCAAUCUAUAGACUAGCCCAAGCUGCAAAACUGUCUUCUAACACAUUUCCUGGAUUGUUGCAGUUCAUUUAUAAGUUGAUUUUGAGGAAGAAGAUUUAUGUGAAGACCAUCAAACACAGUAUUGCUUAGAAUAGCAAAAAUGUGAAAAUCUAAACAAUCAACAGAUGAAUUGUUACAUAUGUUGUAGUAUUUCUACAUGAUGCCUAUUGUUAGGUUUUAAAAAGUCUUCAAAAUAUUUAAUGACUUAUUUAUCUAGUUAAAUGCUUAAUCCUUAGCAGGUUCUUAUUCUCUAAUUAAAUGUACCUUUA